AUGGAUCAAGUUAUCGAUGUGUUUAAACAAUUACCAGACAAGCUCAUUCUUGUGCUCAGGAAUUUAAACCAAAUACGAUCAACGAUUCGUGAUCAUGGAAAUCUUAUCGAUCGACAUACCAUAAUGGCUCGAAGUGCUAUACUUGGUGCUCGAAAACAUGAAGGGCCGCGUCGAUUAUUAAAAGAUCGUAUUUAUGCUCGAUUAGAAUUAUUGCUUUUCGAUUUGAUACUUUUUAAAGAUCGAAUGGAACGCUGGUGUAAAUUCAAAUUCUUGAAAUUAUUAAUCUUUUUUGGAUAUAUGAACAAAGAAACUGGAGAUAUGAUCGAACAGUUUCAAUGA